AUGUUUACGGGUGUUCAUUACCUCGUCGACUCCUUCAGCAGCUCAACUACGAGUAUCUCCGCUAGCUCAUCAUCCCCGUCGACUAUCUCGUCAACCACACCUACCAGCACUGCUCCAUCAGAGCCAAGCACUGCUCCCUUGGACUCAAGCACGGCGACCUCAGCUCCAAGCAAUCAAACAGAGAAUGCUCCCCCUAUCGGAGCAAUCGUUGGCGGCGCAAUUGCCGGCCUCGUGGUCAUGGGACUGAUCGUCACCGCCAUCGUGUGGAUGAUACUACGCAAUCGCAGAAAGGCCAGCAAAGACGAUGACAACAACAACAACAACAACAACAACAGCGGCCAAGCCGGCACGAACCAGCCGUACACCUACUCAACAGUGCCCGCUACAAGAGCAACGUCAGAAUGGCAGUCCUCGACCCCGGCUCCAAUGUACGAGCCUUACAAGAGCAAUCAGCCCGGGUCCCACUUCGAGAUCUGGGGCGAUGCCUAA